UUUCGUUCUUUUAGUAUCAACUGUCACUCACUUAUCUUCUCUGAAUUUUUCAUAAUAACACACAAUCUUUAUCCAACAUGACGGCAAUCAAAGCGACAGUAUUUUCUCUCUUGUUGAGUUCGGCCUCAGGUGCUGCCAUGCAUCAACGCCGAGGAAUGCCAGCUCAAAACCCAUGGCCAGCCACUUAUGUGGCGUUGGGGGAUAGCUAUGCAUCAGGAGUUGGCGCUGGGAAGUUCUUCAGCAACAAUGCGGAUGAUCAAAAAUGCGGUCGCUUCAACGGCAGUUAUCCAAAUCAGGUCGCGGAGUUAAUUCCCAGUCUCAGUUACAAUAAGGUUGACAGCUUUGACUUUGUUGCUUGCGGUGGGGACGAAUUACCAGAUUUAGUCAAUCAAACGAAUGCAUCCGGCAGUCCAUUCAAGAAUGCCGAUGUAGUUACACUUUCCAUCGGCGGUAACGACUUUGGAUUUAGCGACGCGAUCAAUGCCUGCAUAUACAACGGUCGUGGAGAUGAUCCCACAAAGGAUGCGCAAUGCGCGAAUGCAUUGAAAGCUUCCCAAGUGAUCGUUGAUGGUACUGAAGUCUGGGAUAAAUACAAGCAAGAAGUGACUAAGAUCGUGGAUGAAAACUUGAAUGAACUCAAAGAAUCUUUCUUGAUUAUCACGGGUUACAUGAAGUUCUUCGCAAAGAAUGAUGAUGACAGCGUUUGUGGCUGGAGACGGUUCCCGCUUCAAGGACCGCGGCCGGGAGUUCCUGUUGUCACCAACAUUGUAAGUCACUAUUUCCAAAACUUCAAGCUAUACUGUUUUUCAUUAUUACAUUCUCCUGUGAGAAAUCGCAAAUAUAUCAUUCUAACUAGACUAUCUUCACAGCUACACAAGUCCACCAGAGACACAAUGAAUAGUCUAGUCGACCAAGUCAACUCAAAAAUCAAAGAAAUGGUCGCGUCUCUAAACUCCAACAAAGUUGAAUUCUUGGACAUUGACCCCGCAUUUGAAGGGCACCGCUUCUGCGAACCGACACAGCAGAUACCCGUGCCAUCAGCCCUUGGAGACGCCGAUAAUGAUGAUGUCUGGAUCUUUUCCUUCGUAAGCAAACUUGAGGAGUCGCCUGCCAGCACCAAUGGGACACUUCCACCCGAUCAACUUCAAGUUCGUUCCGUCUUUCACCCAAAGCCAGCAGGUCACAGACAGACUGCUCUGGCAGUCGCAAAUCUGAUUCAGACUCGUCAAAGUAAAUUCUUGUAAGCGUAGGAUGGCAAGGAAGCUUGGUGGUUAAGUUGGCAGCAAUGUUUUUAUGGAAAAGAUUUUUUAGAUACCAGUGGACGUUAUAUAUAGUAUUAAUUUGUUGUUGUAUUGAG